CACGUUUCUCGGGAGCAAACCCAGGCGGGUGUAGCUGUCCUACAGGCUCCAUCAGCAGGCGUCUUCGGACAGUCUGUCCCGGUGGUGGUUUGAACUUAGGUGGUGAGAGAGAGCGAACACGGCCGUUUUGGAGGAGGACUGAUUAAUCCCGUUUUGGUCUCAUUUUUUGGUGCCUAUUUAAAGCCCGUUCAACUUAAAUACCCGUGCUGCGUGUCUCUUCACUGCAGAUCAUCAUUUGUAUUAGCGGCUGCGUGUUUGAACGAGUUUCUGUAGCCUAUACUGUGGACAUCGAGGAGGAAGGAGGAAAAACAUGUCAGUGAGGCAACAGCUGGAGUGGAAAACACACGACGGAUCUCAGUCAACGUCCAGCCUCUCUUCAUAGCUGACGUAUGGGCUUUAUUCUUCCGUCCAUUCAGUCAUCAGCAGGAAACCGAACAAGACAGAAUGAAUCCACUGUGACGCCUCAUAUUUUGGCGCUAAGGAGAUCCUUCACCGGUCAAAAAAUCCAGCGAUGGAGUCCCCCCACGCAGACCCUGGCUGUUAAUGGUUAACAGAUUUAUAAGGGGGCUGUUUUGGGAAAGCAGCAGCAGAAGUUGAGAAGGGAAGAGGAAAGGAAAGAAGGAAAGAAGGAAGGAAGGAAGGAAGGAAGGCGAAGAAAGGAGAGAUAGAGGGGAAACGCAGCAAAGAAGAAGAGGAGGGAGAAAGUCUCCGGUUAGUGGUGGAAGAGGCGGCUCUAACGCAGCUCGCCCUGCCUAACCCCGGGACUAAUCAACGGAAGGAGGGACGGAGAAGCACAAUGUGGCAUAGCCGUCACCCUCCGCUCUGACUGAGUGAGGCCCGUGUCGGGUAGUCUGUGACAACCGGUGGUCGUUAAAUCUCCGGUUUAUGUGUGUGUGUGUGUGUGUGUGUGCGCGCGCGCGAUGUGUAUGAGGGUGGUGGUGAAAACCGGUUUUUGAUGUGCGAGAAAGUGACGUGCAGCCCUCCCACCUUCCCGCCCUUUGCCACGAGCCUCUUCAACUCAAGGUACAAGGCAGCCAAGUAGUCCUACUUCAUUUAUUUGCUCCAUGCUUAUAAAAGUCGCCACCUUUACCCAUAUGUUCUUCCUAUUUGUAAUCAUUUUUUGAGUGCCUGUCUGUUGAGCCCCUCACCCAGACUCUUCCAAGUCUCGCGGGAUAUAGGCCCUAAAAGGAAAUAAAAAGGGUGAAUCUAAAAGAGAGGAGGAGAAAAGCUCAAGACAAAAAGGAGCCGCCUAUAUGAAGAUGCUGAUGUGUGACCGCGGCGUCCAGAUGCUCGUGACGACGGUGGGCGCGUUCGCCGCCUUCAGCCUCAUGACCAUCGCCGUCGGUACCGACUACUGGCUGUACUCGCGCGGGGUCUGCCGCGUGAAGAGCAGCGGCGACAACGACACGAGCCGCAAGAACGAGGAGGUGAUGACGCACUCCGGCCUCUGGCGAACCUGCUGUCUGGAAGGAACGUUCAGAGGUGUGUGUAAGAAGAUUGAUCACUUCCCAGAGGACGCUGACUAUGAAGCAGAUGCUGCUGAAUACCUUCUCCGUGCUGUGCGUGCCUCCAGUAUCUUCCCCAUCAUGAGUGUGGGUCUGCUGUUCCUGGGGGGGCUUUGUGUGGCCGCCAGUGAGUUUUACCGGAGUCGACACAACGUCAUCCUCAGUGCAGGAAUCUUCUUCGUCUCUGCAGGGCUCAGCAACAUCAUAGGAAUUAUUGUCUAUAUCUCAGCCAACUCGGGAGACCCGGGCCAGAGCGACAGCAAAAAGUCCUACUCCUACGGCUGGUCCUUCUACUUUGGCGCCCUCUCCUUCAUCAUGGCGGAAAUGGUGGGCGUGCUGGCCGUGCACAUGUUCAUCGAGAAGCACCGCAAGCUACGGGCCAAGUCCCGCACCGAGCUCAUCAAAAAGUCCGCCUUCAGCCGUAUCCCCUCCUAUCGCUACCGCUUCCGGCGUCGCUCCAGCGUGCGCUCUUCCGAGGCCCCCAGCCGUGACGCCUCACCACUGGGGAAGGGCGGCUACACAGGGCCUGCCGCCUCCGAGAUGCCCAUGUACACGCUUAACCCACGCGAGGCAGGCAACGCCGGCACCAAGCCUGGCAGUGGAAUGGGUGGGCUGCUCAACUCAGAGAGGGAUUUCCUCCAGAGCAGCACACUCACUAAAGACUACAGCAAGGACCCCAACCGCAGGACCACGCCCGUCUGAGAGGUGCCGGAUGCAGAUAUCGCCCAAUCAGAGUAUCAAUGAGAAGGAAGAUGAGAAAUACAGGGGGAGUGCGAGCAGCAGCAGGGGACACACAGGGUUACGGGGUGGGAAAGGGGUUUGAUAAACUUUGACUGUGAACUGUGAACUUUUAGCCUUUGAACUGUGAAUCCUGAGCCCUGUGAGAGUUUCAGUGUGUGUAGCAGGGUCAGUUUUGAUGGAGAAGUUGUUCCCAACUCCACUUUACCACAUAUCACUGUAGUGAUCCUUACAUAUGAAGGCACAUUCAAUUUAUGUUCAUGAGACUUAUAUUCAUAAAUUGACUUUCUGGCUUUUUUGAGGGGGAAACUGGAUUGACCGGAGUUUAAAAGCAUAUCGUAAGUGGUUUGCUGUUUGGGGCAACUUCUCCUAAAAAAUGAGAAUAAUGGAGAAGGGGAAAGAGGUGAGAGACUCUGCGUGAUCUUUGACCUUUUGACCUCCGUCCUCCUGACCUUUUGGAUAGCAGCAGAGUUGGAUUAGUACAGGGAACAGCCGUAGAGCUGUGAGCUGUGUCUGAUUAUGAUACUAUUUAAACUACUAUUUAAGAGUUAACACCUCAGGAUAGGGACUGAUUCAUUUUCAGUUCAGCCGGAUUUGAAAUAUAAACUGGAGAUGCAGUUUGUCCACUUUCAUGGCAUCACAUUUGUAGCACUAGUUAUUUCUUUCUUACAUAUUGUAUAUAUCCUCCUUUCAAAUUGAUUAAUUGAUUUAACCAUCAUUACUGACUGAACUGAAACUGAAUUGAGCUCAUUCCUGGUAAAGUUUGCCCCCACCUCUCUGAUCCCUGGUCAGUUGUUAAACCUGCAUAGUGGUUUUUGAUGAAGGGAAAGGGUUACACUGACUACAGAUGAGCUGUUCGGAGGGAAAAGGUGUGACUCAACAAAACUGAUGAAUCUCUUUUAGACGGUAACGUUAGAUCAUUGGUGCUUCCUUUGACCCGUUUUCUGCCACAGUCGUCUCUUGAUUUAUUUUUUCACCUAAAACCUAAAGAGAUGAUCAAAUAUUUGUCCGUCUGUCCGCCUUCACUCAUCACCUUUCACAUCCCACAUUUUUCUGUGUAGCCCCAUAAGUCACCUCACUGCCACCCUCCGCGCACCUUGCACCCUCUCUUUCUCUUUUAGGUCCUGUCUUCCGUUGGUGUCACUCGUAGACUAGUUAGGUUUUCCGGAGGUUGUUGGUUCAGGGUGCUGUGAAGAGAAGACCGCUGAGCUGUGAAUAUGCUUUAAGGCAGAGCCAAAAAGACAUUAAACAAACAGAUGGACUUUUUUUUUGUUUGCCCACUACCUCUCGGUGAAUAUCUUUUCAGAUGAAUUUAAUAUAAAGUUGUCUUUUCUUGCCAGAACAAUCGUCAAAAUUUUGGCUGCAGAAAAUGCUCACUUCAGUCUAAAGUACACAUCUUUCUUCUCUAGCGGAGGAUGUGUUGAAAAUGAAUUGGAAGAUAAAUAGAUUGAAUUGGAGGAAAUACCAUCCAUUAUUCAGAGGAUUUGUUCUCCAUCCAUUCAGCUGUCACUCACAGCCUCUCCUCCUCUUAACCAUGUGCACAUACUGUAUACAUCUGCGCAAAUACACACACAAGCCUAUACACGUUUUAGCAUUUUAGCAUACAUUGGAGAAAUGUGAGCUUCGAUUUGGUCGAGGUUAUAUCUAUUGGCACCAUUUUGUAUUAACAGCCAGGUGUUGGCUGAGCAUUUAAGUUCUUACCGCUACACAUGAACAUGAGAUGUGCAUGAUUUAUUGUGGUUAGACUCUUCUACCUCAGUAAAGAAAGGCGGAAAACGAGGAUGGCGGAUGGCGAGGAGGCGGAAAACGAGCAAAUGAGGCUGGAUCAGUGUCAUUGUUAGACUUCAAUAGCUUGCUCUCUUUAGAAAGAUGUGGAGUGUUAAUAAAUGGCGUUCAGGUGACGUUUCUGAGGUCUUAGGCGCCAUUGGCUGUUGGAUAACACACAAAAAAUAUAAUAAUGCAGUCUAAAUGAAUAGACAGGUUAAAUACUGUAUCUGUUUUUGACUGGGAAUGGAUCACUUCCCCAUUGAAACAUACUGCAACCUAAAUACACAUUAUCAGACAUUAUUUUUGCUUUUUGUGUCUGGUUAUACCACGUGCAUGUAGCUAUUAUUUGCUGAUAUUUAUUAUUAGUUCUCCACUGGAUCUCCCCGCAAUUGGUGAUCUAUCGCUACCUCUGUCCAAUGUAAAUGUUGGCAAGGAGUUAAGCUUUUGCAACACUUUAUUGUGUUAGCUGUGUCAUCUGAGUUCAGGGGAUCGCAUUAAGCCAUUUAUCACUUCAGUGGACAACACCUGAUCGCCCACACACACAUGCAAACACACAUAUAGAAGGGGAGGGGUUGUGACAGAGUGAGAAGGAGGCAGAAUAGCCAUAAAACCAAGAGGAAGGGAAAGCUGUAGAGAGAGAGCAUGAGAAGCUAGUCUAAAUAUUAACAGCAUUUUUCUUAAACUGUGACUGAAAAGUGAGCUUGAAACUUAAGGGGGGGGGUGCUUUUUUGUUUCCUUGUUUAGCCACCAUUGCACUGUUUUGUAUAAACUAAACAUGAGACAACACCAAGCUGAUGCCAUUACACCACUACUUUGAGAGAUAUUUCCCUGAUAAUAAAAUAUGUUUUAAACCUCAGUCAUACUGUUUAAUUUAUGACGCUGCUGUUUUAUCCACUGUCUUUUACGCCAUAAAAGGAGCUUAAAGGGACAAACGUGCAUCACCACAGACUUGCUCUUGCUGUCGUCCACAUGUAAAUAUUAAUUUUGCAAGCUAACUACAACAUCAGCAGUUGUCACGGGCUGUGAAACAGAAAAAAAUGCUUUUCUCGAAGCAAGGGCUCUUAAUUUUUAAAGGACAGGAGCACACAAGGGCUUUUUAUGCUCAGCGCUGCAGCGACGUCGUUGUGAGUGUUAUAUUGGAGUGUGGGAAGGAAAGGCAAAGUACAUUUGCUCAGAAACAACUGUUUUUAAACUAGCUGAAUAGCUAACUAACGAUAUAACACGCUCUUGCAAAAGAGAAGUAGAGGUAGAGAAAAUGCAAAGACUGUACUCUUCUUCUCGUGUUAGCUACAGGUUAGCCUUUAGCUACUCUUUUUCGCUAACUUUAGUUUAGAUGGGUAACUUUCUUUUGCCUUAAGCCGAGGUAGGACAACAAUUUUAAUUAAGAAUUAUUUGAGCUAAAGGAUCAAACAUAUAUUAGAGAAAUAUUGUUAAUCAUACUUGGUGCCAAAUAUUACUCAAAAUGUUUCCUGUAUAUCAUGGCCUCCAGGUUAGCUUAGAUCAGGACUGCUCUAAGUACUCUUUUUUGCAUAGGAUUUCCUGCAGUAUACUGACUCAGCAGUAGUAACCAUGUAGCUCAGCACAUCAGAGGCCCCUUGGACACUGAGGGUCUGUUAGGGGUCAGAGUUCAGAACCCGCAUCCAUGAGCCAUGUCAACAUUGCCCUUUCAAACCAUGCAUGCCAUAUCCAUCCGCUUCCAGUGCUUACAUUUGCUAUCAAGUCUCAAAUGGCACCCUAAUCUCUAUACUGCGUACGGAUACUGAACUGCUACAUUUAAGACGCCUUACAAGGGUGUGUGGCCCUGAAAGCCUGUGCUGUGUUUAAUGAUGUUUACUCCAAUAGAGCACAGGGUGCUUUUUGAGACUAGACCUCUGUCUAACUCUUCUUACCACCAUACAGCUUUGAUACUCUGAUAUCAACAACAAAUAAUUGUAUUACUAGUAAAAAUAUUAUUCUACUCUAAAGGUGCCACUGUGCAGAGGAUGACAAACUCUGUCACAUAUUAUAGUUAUUAAUAUAUUCACUGGGGGUGAUGGGGGUAUUGAUCGAAGGGAGCAGAGUUGGGAAGAAAGGGUCAUAGUCUUUGUAAUAUUAUAUUCUAGUUUCAUUUUCUACUUUGAUGUGGUUUGUGAGUUUGUGUUGUUUUGAUCACAUUUGAAGCCUCUUGACAGGAGGAGAGGAAGCGACAGUGGAGCGCUCGGACAAACUCUUGUGGACAUUAACCUCACCUCACUGGUGCAAGAGGUCACUUUACAGUUCGUCAGCGGGACACUCACCACUGAAAGUGCAAUACACACACACACACACACACACACACACACACACACACACACACACAUUCAGAGUUAGCUUAAUAUACUUUUGAGGAUUUAUUGACCCAAUGCACAACAGGCAAAAGUUCUGUCUCCUAAUUACAGGGGUUGAAUGCGGAAAAUAAUACAAUCCAAUACAGCAGUCUAUAAAAAAUGUUUUAUGAAGCUGGAAAGUAUCAGUUGUGUCUGUUAAGACUGACAGGGGGCAAAAUAAUAGGAACAGUUUACAAUGUACGGCACUAUAUUACAAUUCAACCACAGCCUCAAAAAUACCGUAGAUUUGAACCACAGCCUCCCUCACAGCGCCACCAAAAAAAUUUACAUUAUAGACUUCACAGAGGAAAUGUUGUUUAACUGCCAUUAUGGAUUCUAUUACAAUGUACAGGGGUUGCUUUUGCUGUGUAUUCCUGUGUAUUCUCUAACACUUUUCUCUAAGUCAUCGUUUUUAACUACCAGGAUAUCUUGAUCACCUCAAUUAAAUAAUAAAGUAUAACGGGUAAUUAGAAAAGUAUCUAAAAUAAUGCACCUUAACAGGGACACUGUUACAUCUGGCCUCCUUCCUUUUCCCUGUGGCUCCAGGAACAAGUCCUCUGUCCUGGUCGUCUGUGGGCACAUUGAAAUUAAAGCUAGGAGGAACACAUUAAGGCGAUUUGAAAAAAUGCCUUUUUUCACUGAUCCAUAUUGUGAUGAACUAAUAUCACAGAACAGAUUUCUCUUAAAAUAAAAACUAGAAUAAUUUUGAAAAUUAAGAUAUUGAUCUGAUCAAAUCCUUACUAUAAAAAAAGAGUGACAAGUGCCCUUAUUUUAGAUUUUAGGUUUUUUUUAGCAAACGUGUGGGAAAUAGGUCCUCAUAAGUAUAGAUAUCCAAGAACACAACACAUACACAACACUCAUUAAUGGUCACAAACAUAUACACAAAAAUGCACAGACUCCUACACACACUCACACGGCACACACUCACGGCUUCAGCUUUGCCCAGUGCGGUGUGGGGAUAAGUGCGUCCUGUUAAAAGAAAAAUCACUGUGUCAUGUUUGGGAAAAAUCAUUAUAAGUGUUUCUUUGGGAAAAAAACAACAAACUGUUUCUGUCGCUGAUGUGUCGCUCUUCUAUGGAACUUCAAGUAUACUGAGCCAGCUAAUCAAUCACGGAGGACCAGAGGUAUUUUUUUGAGAAAUGUGAAUUUAAUGGAACAGCUCUGAGACAAACACAUGUUAUAAGAACUCUACACUUUGCAGUCGCUACCAAAACACAGACACACACACAUACACUUACAUAUCACAUUUACAAGGUUACUGUGUGAGGAGGGCUUAGGGGUGGAGUUAUGUGCCUGCAUGUUUGUUCAUAUGUGUGUGUGUGUGUGUGUGUGUGUGCGUGUGAGUGCAGCUAGCCUCUCCUCACCCAUGCACCCAGUGCCUGCCUGUCCUGCCUUCAGACAGCUCCCAGAUCAGCCAUGGGGCUUCCAGUAUAACCUCCUCUGCAUUCCCACGACCUUUAACAGUCGCACUGGGAUCAGUUUUAGAGCUAACUGCCCCGAUCAUUCCUCAGCAGACGCAGCCAUACAAGAUGCAAAGACUGUUUUGUAGUCAGUGGUUUUCGGGUGACAAAAUUUAGUAAGGAGUUUAUGUUAAAAGGCUAAGAGGGGAGUCAUUUUUUAUUUUAAAUGUCUGACUGGACUGUUGGUCUUUUAUUUUGACACACCUGCUGUACAGAUCUGACUGUCUGUGUGGCUGAUUUAGGAUCAGCAGAGGGGGCUUAACAGGAUAGACAAUAGUCUAUUGAAUCCCUAAUGACAGCUGGUCUUGAAUCAGCACCACAUGGUGUCGCCUGCUGUCUCUCAUUCUCAAUCUUCCAAAAAUCUUCCAAAAAAUGGGGAAAUCUACUAACACUGUCUGCAAGAUUGGCUUUUAAACUAUUGUGUUGUUGAGCAUUUCUCAGUAGGAGCUUUUACCUAAUGAGAGAGGUCGUCCCACUUUUACUGUCAAUUAGAUUUAGAGUGUCUGUCGUUAUUGUGGACAGUAUACAGCAAGACUGUGGACAGUUCCCUAGACAGAAUCUAUAUUUAAAAUAGCAGCCAUGAUUUUAAGAAUUAUUCUGGCCUUGUAGCGUAUUAAGCCCUUCUUCCAGACGACCCUCUUCCUUAAUAAUUUCCUUUAGUCCUUUAGCUAGAGAGAUUUCGUACUUGUCUUGUAUUUUAGAAAUUAUUUUGACAGGAAGUACAGAGCAAUUAAAAUAUGCAUUUUACGGUUUUGCCUCAAGCCCCACAUUCACACAGUGUUGUUUACAUGCAGAACGUAUCCAAGGCUGGCAUGGUUGACUGGCCAAGGAUGAAAGGCCCAAAAUGGCAGGCUCCUUUAAAUAAAUUCCUUAUGAGCAGUAGCAACAGUCCAUGGUAAAGGAUUCACCUUCUUGAACAAAUGUUUUGGAAGUGAAAUCUUAACCAAAAACAUCAUGAGAUUCUACUGGCGACCUGUCCAGGGUGUACCCCGCCUUUCGCCCAAUGUCAGCUGGGAUUGGCUCCAGCCCCCGCAACCCUGUACGCAGGAUAAGCGGUUGACGAUGGACGGAUGGAUGGAUCAUGAGAUUCUUGUUGAGAGCCAUUUUUACUGUUAUUCAAUACAGAGUCCAUUCAAUUUUCAAACCAGUUGCUACAAUACACAUGUGAUAAACUUCUAUUGGAGUCAAACUCAUCUGAGAAAGCCAUGCCUCAAAGAGACUGAAUUGGUAGAGUCAGGCUACCAGGCAUACAGACCAGCGAAAUCAACACAUCAAUCACAACGUUGGUAUUAUUACAGAGUGCAGAGACAGUAGGGUUUUAAGCUAGCCGCAUGGCUCUAUGGCAAUGUUGGUCGGUCACUUUGGUCCAGACUGAAAUAUCUCAACACCUACUAGAUGGAUGGCCAUGCAAUUUGAUAUUCACAUCUCCCUCUGGAUGAACUGUAAUAACUUUGGUGACCCCUUAACUUUUCAUCUCAGCCUCACAAUCAGGUCAAAAUCUCAAUUUGUCCAAUACUUCAGUUUGUCACCAAAUCCCUGCAAAACGAUUGACAUUCACAUCAGCCUCAGAUGUACUUUGUGUUUAAUGCUAAUUAGCAAAUGUUAGCAUGCUAACAUGAUAAACUGCUAAACAUCAUUAUGUUAGCAUUGGCUAGACUUUUGGUCUUGUUAUUUAAAGUACAAUACAAAAUAAUCAAACCAGUUUUAAGUGGUAAAUGGUUGUUACCUGACUUUGGCCAUUUCAAACUGACCUGAGGACUGUUAGAAAAUAAAUGCAAGAACACAAACUCAGGAGAAGAGAUGGAGAAGUUAUAUACAUUUUAACGUGCAUACUGGACUUCAUGUAUUUCUUAGCUAAUUCAUGACAAAGAGAAAGCAGUCCCUUCAGAGGAACACCACAAAAAUGUGUAAAAGAUCAAAAAUAUCAGUAAAGUGAGGUUCAGUAUUUUAUUCUUAUUGUGAUUAUUAUAUGUGUAGCAACUUUUUUCAGGGGGUGUAUCUUGCAUGUGUUGUAGCAUUUUCUUUUGAGGUGAAACUAUUCAGUUGGAGGUGAGGAGUAAAUAACAACCAGCCUUUGGUGAAAGAGAAAAGCAAAAGCCUAAAGACAAAUGUGCAACUGUAACAUGAAGUAGCAUUAGCAAAUACCCCCCCCCCCCCAAUAAAAAUUGUGGGUCUUAAUUUUAAAGCACAUAAAGGCGUGGUGAUGGGUAAUGUGUUUAAAGGUAGAAGAUGGUCAACUGUUUUGAAAUCUGUGUCAAUGGGCAGCUUUUUAUCUUGCUCCAUACAUCUGAGCCCUGUCAUGAAAUACUUAGUCCUCAACACAUACACACACACACACACACACACACACACAUGCAUGCAGAAACAUGCUGGCACUCACAUUUGUCUUUCUAUACACAACCACACUGACUGUAUAACUCUCGCAGCUCGCACACACAUACAGACACACACACACACACAUACCAGCUGCCAGCCAGUUUCACUGUAUACUUUAUAAUGUAAACCUCCAACCAACAGCGGUCUGACACGGACACAUGCUGUGAAUAAAAGCACACUUUUACUUACAUGAUAUAAAUAUGAUUACCUAUAUCUAGAGAGAAAGAAUAUUAUAUACAGUAUAAUAAUUAGAAAAUAAA